AUGUCUAAAAGCGAGAGUAACAAAAUUAAGAGUUUGCUGCUCAACGUGGAUGUGCCUUAUUGGAAUUGCGUCCUUAAAAAAAAUGUGUGCCCUGAUCCUAGUAUAAGAUUCUAUCUAUAUACACCAGAAUCGCCAUAUAGAACCAGGCUCGACAUGCGAGAUCAUGGUUCGUUGCAUCGCGCCGGUUUUCGCCGGGACAGGAAGAACGUUAUAGUAGUGCACGGUUUCAACGGCACAGAAAGUAAAACGCCUAUGACCUUCCUCAGAGAUGCAUAUUUAUCUCGAGGUUACCAAGUCGUGACGGUGGAUUGGGAGCCUUUGACAAGGUUUCCUUGUUACUUAUCAGCCUUAUCUAAUACAAAACUAGUCGGGCAAUGUGCCGCGCAGAUGUACUCUUACCUUAUGGUAGGAGGCGGAAGAGCUAAGGCCACCACAUGCGUUGGCCAUUCCUUGGGAGCGCACAUUUGCGGAAUGAUCAGCAAUCAUCUAACCAGGAAGCAGCAUAAAAUUAUAGGAUUAGACCCAGCCAAACCUUUAGUAGAUAGAUUCGGCUCAAGAAAAUUUAGGUUAACCAGAGAAGAUGCGCAUAUUGUGCAGGUAAUACAUACUAAUGCAGGAUUUUUAGGAGAAGAAGCCCAAGUGGGUCAUCUAGAUUUUUGCGUAAAUGGAGGAAGGAUACAACCAUAUUGCAAGGGACACCCUAUAAGGCGUUCGCGUUGCAGCCACUUUCUCAGCGCGUGUUACUUGGCCCAGGCCGUGAGGUCGCGCACGCCUCUGCGUGGAGUUCCCUGCAACCGCGGAUGUCCUCGCUCGGGAGUGGGUCACUGGAUAUCGGCGAUUCUGCCUGCGCCCGCCGCGCCACCCCCACUACCCGAAGGACAUUCGCACGAAAUGUUCUCCAUUGGGGAGGAAUCAACAGAUAAGUUGCCUGAUGUCAGGCUUGGCAGUAGCGGGAAUCAAACCAGCGAACCUGAUUUACCAAAAAUGGAAGUCUAA